ACAUCUUUGUUGUGGUCUUCACUUUGAUAGCAACAAAGGCCAUCUUUCGAAUCCCGAAUCUAUUCUCAACUGCCGCAGCAAAGCAGUUCGACGUCUAAAGGAUUUGUAGAAGCCAAGAAGCAGACAUGGCCCAGCAGCGAGGAGUCAACAGUCUGCAGUUCAACCAGGAUCACAGUUGCUUCUGCUGCUCCAUGGAGUCAGGUGUGAGGAUCUACAACGUGGAGCCUCUGAUGGAGAAAGGUCACCUCGAUCACGAGCAAGUGGGAAGCGUGGCGCUGUGCUCCAUGCUGCACCGAUCCAACCUGCUGGCCGUGGUCGGGGGCGGAGUCAAUCCCAAGUUCUCUGAAAUAUCAGCAGUCUUGAUCUGGGACGACGCCCGCGAGUGCCGAGACGCCAAAGACAAGCUGGUGCUGGAGUUCACCUUCACCAAGCCCGUCUUGGCGGUCCGCAUGAGACACGACAAGAUCGUCAUCGUGUUGAAGAACCGCAUCUACGUCUACACCUUUCCCGACAAGCCCGUCAAGCUGUUCGAGUUUGACACCCGAGACAAUCCCAAAGGUCUGUGUGACUUGUGUCCUAGUCUGGACAAGCAGCUGCUGGUCUUUCCAGGUCACAAAUGUGGGAGCCUGCAGCUGGUGGACUUGUCCAACACCAAGCCUGGAACCUCGUCCGCCCCGUUCACCAUCAACGCCCACCAGAGCGAGAUCGCCUGCGUGGCGCUCAACCAGCCCGGCAGCGUGGCCGCCUCCGCCUCCCGCAAAGGAACGCUGAUCCGUCUCUUCGACACCACCACCAGGGACAAGCUGGUGGAGCUGCGCAGAGGCACCGACCCCGCCACGCUCUACUGCAUCAACUUCAGUCACGACUCCUCCUUCCUGUGUGCGUCCAGCGACAAAGGCACCGUCCACAUCUUCGCUCUCAAAGACACCAAACUGAACCGUCGUUCUGCGUUGGCGCGCGUGGGGAAAGUGGGCCCUGUGAUUGGUCAGUACGUGGACAGUCAGUGGUCUUUGGCCAGCUUCACCGUGCCCGCCGAGUGCGCCUGCAUCUGCGCCUUCGGGAAGAACACGUCCAAGAACGUCAACUCUGUCAUCGCCAUUUGUGUGGACGGAACCUUCCACAAGUACGUCUUCACGCCUGACGGGAACUGCAACAGGGAAGCCUUCGACGUCUAUUUGGACAUUUGCGACGACGACGACUUCUGAGGGCCGACGGGGAACGUCGGAGACAGUAAAGGCCGUCGGUCGUCAUGGUAACAGGCGGACUGAGAAGUAAACACUCGAUGUGUCGACAGUGAGUGAAUUUUGACGGCGCGUCGCUCCACUUUUCCAAGUUAGCUCCUCCCCUUCCGCUAUGACCACUGAGGGUGGUAAGUGUCCCUAUUUGGAGUGUCAUCAGUACAACAUCCUGGUACUUACAGUGUACUGCAUUUUAAGGAAGUACCGUAUUUUCCGGACCAUAGGGCGCACCGGAUUAUGAGGCGCACUGCCGAUGAAUGCUCUAUUUUUGAUCUGUUUUCAUAUAUAAGGCGCACCGGAUUAUAGAGCGCAAUAAAAGAUUCAUAUUAUGUGUCAUGAUAGAUUGUGUAAUGUUCUAUAUUUUCAAUGGAACAUAUAACAUGUUGGUGUUGUUUACUUGGGUCAUAUUGCAGUCUACACGUAUCUCUUAUGUGUGACUGCCAUCAUAUUGCAGUCUACA